CAUUUACGGCACCAAUGUCGUAAACAGCUGGGGAACUGCAUGCAUCUGCGAACUAAACAGCUACACUUUCAUAGAGUUUAAACUUCAACAUUUUGCAAUUAUUUGGUCGCACACAUGACCAAACGGACCGCAGAAAACGUUUUGUCGCCUGAAGUCCCUCACAAAAGAUGUUUUCGUUCUGUCUCCAACAAACCAUUCGGAGGCGUGAAUGUUAUCCAAAACGCCUCGCUAUUACCAUUAGAUGAACAGCGCUGCAGAAAAAGACCGAGCACUGUCGAAGACCAGCUGGACAGAGAUAACUUACCAAGAAAAGUGGCUGCAAGCAGGGUUAAUACAGUGACGGUUGAGAAGAACACAUGCCAGUCUAGAACAUUCGAGGAUGAUGAUGAUGAUGAUGAUGGCAGACCUGUGACGCGACGGCCAUCACGCGCGCUUCAACCUGAGUCAAACAAACAGCCAGACGAACAAAAUAAGCACAGCGCAGGAGACAAGGUGAUGCACUCAGAUGAGGACCUCUCUUCAUUUAAUUCCUUUCAGUUCUGGCGGGUUCCUCUGCCGGAGCUGGAUCUGUCUCUCCUGGAGGGUGAACCCUGCUCGGAGACAAUGGAAACCUGAGGACAUCGCCAGCGCACAAAAACAAGUUUGGUCUUGUAGAGUAGUUGUUCUAGCUUCUGCCAAAUUACUUGACUGGACAUGAUGAGACGAUUUCCCCCUGAUCUCCACCAGAUGAACUUCUGAACAAAGCCGUGUACAGUGUGGAGGCCUGCAGCAGACGCUUUCCUUCUGCUGGGAACACAUGAGGGUCAAAUGACCUCGUAUUCAUCUGCAGCAGUCGUCAAGAGUUCGGAAGUGUGGAAGCGUAUAUACUUCAUAUUGGAUUGAUCUUGUUUUGUUUUUAAAUGUCUGUCAGUAGCUGUGAAGGGGACGCACAAACUUUCUUUUUCUUGCACUGAGCCACAUUUCUUUUAAGCACUGUUAUGUUGAUUGUGUUUAGUAGGUAUUUACACAUUUAUUCUUUAGUUAAUACUAUGUUUUAUUUUGUAAACCAUAGGGCUUUUUUUCUUUCUACAGCAUGUGGUACUUUGUGAGAGUUUGUAUGUUCCUAUGAACAGUGUUUUAAUGGCUGUAUUUUUGAAAUUGCACAACAGCAAUAAAAGGUCUUUUUUCAUAAAUGA